CUAAUUUUAAACAAUUAAUUGGCACUCUAAAUUUUAUUAAACCCACUCCAUUCAUCUGGAAUUAAGUUACUGAUGAUGAUUCCAGGUUGGUGAUGCAGCAUUAUCCAUAUUGCACAGCAUGGUGGCUGCACAUUCAGACGUAGACGAUGCUGGGGAAAUAGUCACACCAACUCCCAGAGUCAAGCGGAUCUUAUCAAGCCCAAGGUGCCUUCCCCAUAUUGCACAGGCUAUGCUUUCUGGGGAGCCAAGUGUUGUAGAGAGUGCUGCUGCUUUGUUGAGGGCUGUCGUUACGAGGAAUCCUAAGGCAAUGAUAAAACUUUACAGUACUGGAGCUUUUUAUUUUUCCCUUGCAUAUCCGGGAUCCAAUCUCCUGUCAAUUGCUCAGCUCUUCUCAGUUACUCAUGUUCAUCAAGCGUUUCAUGGCGGGGAAGAAGCGGCCUUAUCUUCUUCUUUGCCUUUGGCAAAACGUAGUGUUUUGGGUGGACUUUUACCAGAAUCCUUGCUUUAUGUGUUGGAACGUAGUGGUCCGGCGGCAUUUGCUGCUGCAAUGGUUUCAGAUUCUGAUACUCCUGAGAUCAUCUGGACACACAAAAUGAGAGCCGAACAUCUCAUCCGCCAGGUGCUGCAACACCUUGGUGAAUUUCCACAGAAACUAUCCCAACACUGCCAUUCUCUCUAUGAAUAUGCUCCAAUGCCACCAGUGACUUACCCAGAGCUGAAAGAUGAAAUGUGGUGUCAUCGAUAUUAUCUUCGGAACUUAUGUGAUGAGGUUCGGUUUCCUAAUUGGCCUAUUGUUGAGCAUGUGGAAUUUCUGCAGUCAUUGUUGGUAAUGUGGCGGGAAGAGUUAACACGGAGGCCCAUGGAUCUUUCUGAAGAAGAGGCCUGCAAAAUAUUGGAGAUUUCCUUAGAUGAGGUUUCACGAGAUGAAGCUCCUAAGAAUAAACUCUUUGAGAUGUCACAUGAGAUUCCUAAUAUCUCAAAACAGAUUGAGAACAUUGAUGAAGAGAAGCUCAAGCGCCAAUACCGAAAACUUGCAAUGAAGUAUCAUCCAGAUAAAAAUCCUGAAGGGAGAGAAAAGUUUCUGGCUGUGCAGAAAGCAUACGAACGAUUGCAGGCGACAAUGCAAGGGCUACACGGUCCGCAACCUUGGAGGUUAUUGCUUUUGCUGAAGGGGCAGUGCAUAUUGUAUAGGCGCUAUGGUGCUCUGCUGGAGCCAUUUAAGUAUGCUGCGUACCCAAUGCUAUUAAAUGCAAUUACUGUGGAUCAAGAUGAAAACAAUUUUCUUUCUUCUGAUCAGACACCUCUUCUUGUUGCAGCCUCAGAGCUGAUAUGGCUGACGUGUGCAUCUUCCUCACUAAAUGGCGAAGAGCUAGUAAGAGAUGGUGGAAUAAAACUACUAGCAAAUAUUCUUUCUCGUUGUAUGUGUGUCGUUCAACCAGCUACUCCUGCAAGUGAACCAUCAACUGUCAUUAUUACAAAUGUGAUGCAAACCUUUUCAGUUUUGAGUCGUUUCGGGAGUGCCAGAGCUGAAAUGCUGCACUUUUCUGGACUAGUCGUUGAUAUCGUUCAUUGCACUGAACUUGAGCUUGUUCCAGCUGCUGUGGAUGCUGCUCUCCAGACUAUUGCCCAUGUCUCUGUUGACUCUGCCUUUCAAGAUGCCUUACUUAAAUCUGGGGUGUUGUGGUAUAUACUGCCACUGCUGCUUCAGUAUGAUUCAACCGCUGGGGAGUCAGAGAAGGCAGUAGCCCAUGGCGUUGGUGAAAGUGUUCAAAUUGCAAAGAAUUCACAUGCUAAACAGGCUGCUCAGGCAUUGUCAAGGCUUAGUGGUUUGGCUACUGGUGAGGAUCCAACUCCAUAUAAUGUGGCGGCAGCUGAUUCCCUCAAAGCUCUGUUGACGCCAAAACUUGCAAGUAUGCUGAAAGAUCAAUCACCCAAGGAUUUAUUGUCUAAACUAAAUGCAAACUUGGAGAACCCCGAGAUUAUAUGGAACUCUUCAACACGAGCAGAACUUUUAAAAUUUGUUGACCAGCAGCGUGCUAGCCAGCGUCCUGAUGGUUCAUAUGACUUGAAAGAUUCACAUUCCUUCGCAUAUGAAAUACUCACAAAAGAACUGUUUGUUGGAAAUGUAUACUUGAGAGUCUAUAAUGACCAACCAGAUUAUGAAGUCAGUGAACCUGAGGCAUUCUCUGUUGCUCUCGUUGAAUUCAUUUCAUGUUUAGUUAGAAGCCGGGACACUCUAGGGACAAAUGUUCUUGUGAAUUCUCAAUCCCCUGUGAUGCCUGAGUUUCAAAAUGAUAAAACAAAUGCAUCAUCUGAUGAGAAUAAUUCUCCUGAUACUAAACCUUCACUCUCUGCUGGGGAAGUGAAGAAUGAGGAGGAACUUGAUUUAGUGAAGAACCUUCAGUUUGCUUUGGUUUCUCUACAGCAUCUUCUGACAGGCAAACCGGAGUUGGCAUCAGUAUUUGCUGCAAAAGAAAAAUUAUUACCACUUUUUGAGUGCUUUUCUGUUCCAAUAGCUUCAACAACCAAUAUUCCUCAACUUUGUUUAAGUGUGCUUUCAUGCUUGACAACGCAUGCUCCCUGCUUGGAAGCUAUUGUUUCUGAUGAAGCUAGUCUCCUCCUUUUAUUGCAAAUGCUACACUCGUCACCAAAUUGCCGUGAAGGAGCUCUCCAUGUUCUUUAUGCCUUGGCAAGCACACCAGAGCUUGCAUGGUCAGCGGCCAAGCAUGGUGGAGUGGUCUACAUUCUAGAACUACUCCUUCCUAUGCAAAAAGAUGUUCCUCUACAGCAAAGAGCAGCUGCAGCUUCUUUAAUGGGGAAGCUUGUUGGGCAACCCAUGCAUGGGCCAAGAGUUGCGAUAACUCUGGCUAGAUUUCUGCCUGAUGGCCUUGUAUCUGUCAUUAAAGAUGGUCCAGGUGAAGCAGUUGUGAGUGCACUUGAUCAGACAACAGAAACUCCAGAACUUGUAUGGACUCCAGCAAUGGCUGCUUCUUUGUCUGCUCAAGUUGCAACCAUGGCAUCUGAACUUUAUCGUGAACAAAUGGAAGGUCGUAUUGUUGAUUGGGAUGUCCCUGAGCAGGCAUCUGGCAAUCAAGAUAUGAGAGACGAACCACAGGUUGGAGGGAUCUACGUUAGAUUAUUCCUAAAGGAUCCAAAGUUUCCUCUUAGGAAUCCAAAAAGAUUUUUGGAAGGACUACUUGAUCAAUACCUGUCAUCCAUUGCUGCCACUCACUAUGAUGACCAAUUUGUUGACCUUGAACUCCCUUUGCUUCUAUCUGCAGCGUUGGUAUCCUUAUUACGAGUACACCCUGCUCUUGCCGAUCAUGUUGGAUAUCUGGGAUAUCUGCCCAAACUUGUCUCUGCAGUGGCAUAUGAAGGAAGGAGAGAAACAAUGGCAGUUGAAGAAAUGACAAAUGCCGAUAAUUCGAAUGAAGAAAAUGAAGGAGAUGAUGGUUCUGCAAAGCUCCAUUCUCCAACUCCACAAGAACGUGUGCGCCUUAGUUGUUUACGGGUCUUGCAUCAACUUGCUGCUAGUACAACUUGUGCUGAAGCUAUGGCUGCAACUAGUGUAGGAACGCCACAGGUCGUUCCUCUCUUGAUGAAAGCCAUUGGAUGGAAAGGUGGAAGCAUAUUGGCUCUUGAAACAUUAAAACGCGUGGUCAGUGCAGGAAACCGAGCAAGGGAUGCUUUGGUUGGACAAGGGCUAAAGGUUGGUCUUGUUGAUAUACUUCUUGCCCUUCUUGAUUGGAGAGCGGGGGGAAGAAAUGGACUAUGCUCACAGAUGAAGUGGAACGAGUCUGAAGCAUCCAUUGGUCGAGUACUUGCAAUUGAGGUUUUGCAUGCCUUUGCAGCGGAAGGGUCACAUUGCAUGAAAGUAAGAGACAUACUGAAUGCCUCAGAUGUAUGGAGUGCAUAUAAAGACCAGAAGCACGAUCUUUUCCUCCCUUCGAAUGCUCAAUCUGCUGCUGCUGGAGUUGCCGGUCUUAUUGAGAAUUCCUCACAAGGGAUGACUUAUGCCAUCACUGCUCCCCCACCGCAGAGUGCUCAACACAGACCACCUUCCAUAGUUUCAUCUGAAUCAAAUGGGAAGCAUGACGUGUCUUCGUCAUAACACGAGAAGGUCUGUAAUUACUCUCAAGACUUGAAACCAUUUAAUCUCUCUACUGUUGCAGUAGCAUCUCAGAUCAAAAGUUUGUAUAGGUUUUGUAUAGUAUUACAUUUCUCCUCAUAUCUCAUUUGGAGAUUCAGAAGUAGGCCGAAAGGAAGGGUUCGGGUUGACCCUUGACAAUAUAUGUUCUGUGUAAAUCAAAUAUGCCGAUUACGACUUGCAGAUUUUCUUCGAACAGUUGAAGGUUUAGUCUUCCUCUUCCAGUGGGUUGAGGUCUUGUGGAAAUAUAUGGGUUUCUUGUUAUCUGUUCUUUUUCUUGGUUUAAACAAUAUACCUAUCCAAUAACACGAGUGAUAAUGUUCAUACUCCAUUGCAAGCACUGCAACUAUAGCAUUCAUAACAAGAUUCAGAUGAUCUUUGUUGGGAGAUAUACACUUUGCGCUGUGUUGGUUU